GACAGUCGCUGACAACAAUGACGCUAAUCACGUGGCCAAUCACGACAGUGACAUUUCGGCCUUAACGGGCGUCGUCGCGAAUGGCAAGUAAAGAAUGCAGGAAACGAGAACAACGGCAGUAACAAUGUCACCACUAGGUCCAGUCGUCGGCGAGGAGGCCGAUAACGUCGCGGUAAGACCGCGCCAAGACAGACGACAGCCACAGCAUGUACUGCUACAAGUUAGACCAGCAGAUCCCUUCUCCCGUUACGAGCACCUACAGAGGCAUCAUCCAAUCCACGACUCGGCCAUGGUGACGAGAACAAGCAGUCAGCACAUGGAAGAUGAUACUGAGUUAGUCUGUGCUAAGGAAAAGUUUGCAACAAAACGUAUCGAAACGGAUGAUGAAGAUAGCGAAGAGGAAGAGCUGGACGGUGAUAUUAGAGUUAAAUCUAAAAUGAAAGAUAAUCUGGAGAAUGAUCUAGAAGAUGAUGAGGAAGAUAAGAGUGAAAAGAGGCACGCUGAUUACGUGAGUAACAACGUUGACGUUGAGGUUGACGUAGAGGUGGACGUAUGUCGAGAUGGGGAUGAGAGUAAUCUUAGUAGUCCAGUAGAUCUGACGGCUUCAUCCAGAUGUUCGUCAAGCCAGGAACAGUUUCUCCAUCCUUUAGCAAAUCGAGGCUUUCAUUCGUUAUCAUAUUUAUCUAAUGGCAUAUCAGGGGGAAUGGUUCCUGGUCACUCCCCACUUAUGAAUAACAAUGGUAAUCAGCCUCUAAAUCUACCGACGGUUUAUCAUUUGGCUGGGCAUACUCCAGUAACGGUAUCGUCGACACUCGUCACGGUUUGCAGCAGCACUGGAAGAAGUUCCUCAACGCACUCGGCGAAUAUUACAACUACGACAACGACAAAUUCGGUUCAGGGAAAUAAACGCGGACUAGCAUUUUCAGUGGAAAACAUUUUGGACCCAAACAAGUUUACCGGUGGUAGAGUUUUACAGAGUCGAGUAUCACAUAGACGAAGACGUCGAAGUGGUAGCGUCCAUGAAGAUGGUGAUUCACGAGGUGAAUUUGCAAACGGCAGUGGUCAAGAAGACGAGGCUGGCACGCCUGAUCAUCUGGAUAUGGACAUGGACGACGAAGGCUUAGAAGACGAUGAGGAUGAUGAUGUUGAUAUGCAUACCAGUACAUCUGAUCAACACGACAAUGACGGCUCAAGUCUCGUUCAUGAUAGUAACGCUUCUACACCAUCAAAUUGUAGUAAUAAUAAUAAUAAGAAGCGCCAGUCAGGAUCCUUAUCGUCCAGUUCGUCCAGUGGUCAGAAUCAAAAUUGUCAAUCCGGUCAAAGCAAUGGUAACGGUGGCGGAGGUAAUAGUAGUGGAGGUAGUAAUGGAAGUAAUGGCGGCGGAAAGCCACGGAGAGCACGAACUGCAUUUACUUACGAGCAGCUCGUAGCUCUUGAAAAUAAAUUUAAAACUACGAGAUACCUGUCAGUUUGUGAGAGGCUUAAUCUCGCUCUAUCUUUGUCGCUUACUGAAACACAAGUUAAGAUAUGGUUUCAAAAUCGAAGAACCAAAUGGAAGAAGCAGAAUCCUGGAUUAGACGUAAACAGUCCAACUGUCCCAACGACUCCACCUCAUCCCACUCCUUACGGGCCCGCCUUCCUUUUCGCCACCCAUCCGCACGGUCACGCUCAUCCACAUGCUCAUCCGCACACUCACGUUCAUCAUGCACCGCCACCACCUCCGCCGCCAGGUUAUUAUCAUCACCCAGCACCACCUUAUGCACCUUCGGGACCUAGCUUCUUCGGGCAUCAUCUAACCCCCACAACACCGGUUUCGGUAGGGGUGUCGACCCCCCAACCCGGUGCUGUUACUCCUACAUCUAGUGCCGGUUUGGGAUUAAAUCAGGUUGCUGCUGCAGCUGCUGGAUCGGGACAUUCGCACGCACACCCGCACGCGUAGCGAAUCCAAGCGGUACGCGUAGUCGUGCCCAAAUGGCCUAGUUCUGAAGGGUGAUUUUUAAUCAA